AUGGUCGGUGUCCCUCGCAGUAAGGGCUGCUCUACAUGUCGGAAUAGACGGGUCAAGUGCGACGAGGCUCGCCCCGAGUGCGGACAGUGUCGCAAAUACGGCUCUCCUUGUCCAGGAUACAAUCGCGGACUGAAAUUUCAAGAUGAGGGACCGAAUCUGCAACGUCGCCAUCGUCGGAUGUCAGGUCGCAAAUCCAAUGAUGCCGAAAAGAGACCUUCUCCUGGACCGUCAUCCUCGUCCUCCACCGUGAUCGUAACCGACCCGCGGACGAAGAUGCCGGUAGUCAUGGCUGAGGACGCGCUUCUCUUGAUGCGAACCCACGCAAGCAGCAUUGACGAAAGUCUGUCACCCGCGCUCAUUCAGAAGCUAUUCAUGAGCCAACAACCAAGAUUAUUUAUGGAAUUCACAUGUGCAGCCUUUCCGACCUUAUACUUCCACAACCGCUUCCGGUCCGAGCUCGCAUUCCCCGAGUAUAUCACAGAGAAUUUCCACAAAAGAGCCUAUCAAGAUUCGGCAGUGUGCUGUCUCAGUGCCGUCUAUCUCGCAUCUCUCACGAAAGACAUCCGACUUCUUCGCACUAGUCGUUAUAUGUACGGGGAAGCGCUACGCAGGAUCAAUCGAAUAAUAGACACGGACGAAGCUUUCUCGGACGAUGUGCUUAGCACUGUUAUGAUGCUUACUGUUUACGAACUGUAUGCUCGGACAACCCCAGAUGCCUGGGUAAAACAUGCCCGCGGCGUCCGGGAAAUGUUUCUGAGACGCGGCGUCAAGAAACACAUGUCCGGCCUUGGCCGUUCUUGUUAUUAUACUUUCAGGGGAUUCUUAGUUGCCCACGCACUACAUGAAGGCAUACCUUGUUUCUUGGACGAAGAGGAAUGGCAAAACUUUGCCAUCAAAGUGCAAGAGGAAGAUGCGAAGAAACCCAGCGAGUGGUCGGUGUUUGUGCACAUCUCCGAGAUGAUUUUCAUGGAAAUGGUCAAAUGCCCUCGGUAUAUCUACGAUAUACGCCAGCUAUUACCAAACACUCCUCGACAGGAUGUGAGGUCUCUUGUUUCUCGCAUUCAUGCCACCUGUGCAAAUCUUCAGGGUCUUGCUGACGAGCUGCGCGCUUCGAUCAUGUAUCAUUUCCAAAAGAAGGAGGGAAUAGAAGUCAACGUAGAUGGGUUCGUAGGGCCGGCACCAGCACUGUUCCCGGAUACCAACCCGACCCUUCUGCUUCAGGGUGCUAUGCAUUGUGUGAACACAUUGGAAAAGCUUUUGCGGACAGUCAAAAUCGACAACAUGCGUAUCAGAGGUGUAGACGAAGAAACGCCGCCACCACCACAAUCGCCGUUACCAUCUUCACCGUCUACUUCAUCUACUUCACAUGCAACAGAAAUGGGAUCGGCCUAUCUCUCUCCAACGACAUCAAUUGAUUCUGCCUGUGACACCAUCUUCACGAAUUCUAGUUCCAGCUCAGUGAACGACGUUACAUCUUCGGAUCCCACCACCACCACCACCACCACCACCACCACCACAACAACAACAUUGACACUGCCUUUCCGUCUGGUGUCUGAGAUUGGCCGCGGUCCAGUGCAUCACGAUGAAAAUCAUCAUGGUGACAAAUCUGCCGGCGGUUAUCGCUCGGUCGUCUGGCUAGAUCACAUUGCAUGCUCAAUGGGGAUGAUUCGUUCCGAUAUCGAAGAGGAGCAGCAACGUUCUGACGAGCGCAGUGCGGGAUUGGGCACUAUUAUUGAGAAUGGUGAAGUUGUGGAAAAAGAGUAG